AAUAUUACAGUAAAAUUAUCGACUGAAUUUCUUACAGUCAGUGCAGACCAGUAUCGCAAUUGUAUUGAAUUAAGCAUAAUAGUCACAGUGCAUUGUCGGUUAAACUUAUGAAUAGCCUAUUUAUCUUCCAGAUCUAAAUAGUGAGGUAUAAAAUGAUCUUUCUUUAACAUUAUUAUAUAAUAUUAUAAACUGUAGAUUUAUGUUUAUUUUUGGACAAAAAAAACUGGCUUUCAGUUCGUUUGCUUUUUGUUUUAUAAAAUGUCUUCUUUCCUCAUCCUUGAAUUUACUGUGUAUCAUGGUGAAACACUGUGCAGAUAUCAAAAUAUGAAUUUGUUUUCAUCAUAACUAUGCUUACAUAGCGUAAUCCCAUGAGUUCGGAUGUAUAGUUAACCUUUAGCCUGCUGGCGGCAAGUGGUUUUGCCUUUGCGACCAGUGCAGACCAAGAUCAGCCUGCACCUCCAUGCCUGCACUAUUCGUUAUACAGUCAGUACAUUUUCAGUGAACACCCCUUUGAAUAAGAAGUGGUACUGCCCAAAUUGAAUGAUGGAUCAGUCCAUUUUAGAAAUUUAGCAGGGUAAAUUGUUAUUUGCAACUUAGCAGGCAUCCUUUUGUUUACUUGCAACUUCAUGCUUCUUUUUUAUAUAUAUAAAUACAUAUUGUACAGUUAUUUUUCCAUUUUGUCAAAGUAUCAGUGGAAUUUUUAUCUGUAAACUGGAAUGGUAACCAUCAUAAUAUUAUGGUCUGUUUCUAUUUUUUGUGCCAUUAAAUUUAUCAAGUUAUAUUUUUGGCAAAUGUUCAUAUGACUACUUUAUAUUAUAUUUGCAGCCUAUACAGACUGAAUCAAAUUUGUUUGUUUAAAUUAUAAAAAUAGCUUGACCGAUUUAAUGUGUGUGUUAAGCUGUAAACAACCAACGUUCUUAAUGAAGACACUUUAAAACAUUUAUAAUAAGAAUUCAUUAUUUUGACAUGUUGAUAAUACAUUUGUCUGUCUUACUAACCUGAAUAAAGGACAAGUUUACAAAAACAUAAUACCAUUUAAAGAUAUAUAAGCCAGUUUGUAUCAGGUUGAUCAACAGUUGGUUUGUGAAAAGCUAUUUGGAAUUUAUUAGCUGGCAUACAGUGUUAUUUAUUUAUAUUUUAUCAAAAAUGGAAAAUGAUUCUGAAGCAAAUGCUCAAAAUGGAGAUUGUUGCCAUGGUCACCAUACCUUACACCAUAUGAAAGGAGGUGCAGUGAAAAUGGAGCCACCGACGAAACGUAAGAGAUUAUGCACAAGCUGGAAAGUUCAGGCGUCGGAUAUUGCUCGGAAUACAUUUAACCCAAUUAGAAGUAUCGUCGAUGGAAUGAAGCUGACGCCAAAUCCAAAGAAGGAUAUGAUUGCACUUUCUAUAGGUGAUCCGACAGUGUUUGGUAAUCUGAAGGUACCAGAAGAAAUCGAGACAUCGGUUAUAAAGUCUAUCAGACAACACAAGUACAAUGGCUAUGGUCCAUCUACAGGUUAUAAUGCUAGAGAGCGUGGCAAGUUAUUAUCUUACGAGAAGUCACAAUUGAGGCAAUUUUUUAUGUUUCAGGACAUCAUCCUGACGAGUGGUUGCUCUGGGGCCCUGGAUUUAUGCAUAACAUGCCUGGCAAACCCAGGACAGAACAUCUUGAUACCGAGACCUGGUUUCUCCAUAUAUAAAACAUUAGCAGAGUCAUUGGGUAUCCAAGUCAAACACUACAGUCUACUGCCAGAGAAAUCGUGGGAAGUUGAUCUGAAUCACCUGGAGUCGCUCAUAGAUGAUCAUACUGCAGCCAUCAUCCUCAAUAACCCUUCCAACCCCUGUGGAAGUGUAUUCUCCAAACAGCACUUGAAGGAUUUUCUCAAGAUCUGUGAAACUUACAAAGUUCCAGUCAUUGCUGAUGAAAUAUAUGAGCAUUUUGUGUUUAGUGGAUCAGCAUACCACCCACUGGCAUCACUGACAGAUACUGUCCCUAUACUGUCCUGUAGUGGGCUCACUAAAAGGUUCUUGGUUCCCGGCUGGAGACUUGGCUGGAUUGUUAUAUAUGACAGACAGAACAUUUUCCAAGAAGAAGUACGUAAAGGUCUGCAGUGUUUAUCACAGAAAAUCUUGGGUCCAAAUACUCUCGUACAAGCAUCGCUUCCAGAAAUACUCAAAGACACCCCCAAAUCAUUUUACUCCGAUACACUCCAGUUUAUUGAGUCAAAUGCCAAGUUAUUCUAUGAGAAGAUUUCUGCGAUUCGAGGACUGAAUCCAGUCAUGCCACAGGGUGCUAUGUACAUGAUGAUCGGUAUCGAGAUGGAACAUUUUUCGCAGUAUCUGAAUGAUGUAGAAUUUACUGAAGCUUUGGUGACUGAGCAGAGUGUUUUCUGUCUUCCGGCACAGUGUUUUGACUUCCCAAACUUCUUCCGUGUAGUCCUGACAGUUCCGCAGGAAAAGUUGAAAGAAGCGUGUGACAGAAUAAAGGAGUUCUGUGAGCAGCAUUAUCAAGAUCAUCCUAAACAGAACGGGAAACAUCAACAUGACGGGUAUGAGAAGUGGAUCGAAUGAACAUACUGUCAGUGGAAGAGAGACAGGUGACAUUGAUGAGCUGUUGCAAAUAACUAUUUUAAGAUUGCGUAAUUUUCACUAAAUUUUAUUUUUGCCAAUAUUGGCAAGUAGCAUGACUCGUGAGUUUAAAACAGUUGUGAAUAAUCAUCAGCUUUAUGUCUAACAGCAUAACAGUUACAAGUCGCAAAUUCUGAUAAAAGGUCAAAAAAGCCACUGUUGCAUUAAUGCAAAAUAAAAUGUGACGGCAAAUCUUACCAAUGUGAAAAUGUCUGCUGACACAUAUAUCACAAAAUAAAAGUGAUCCAAAAAAUAUUCAGUCUACAGUAUCCCUUCUGAUGGUUACUGUAAAGUUGUGCACUUUGAGGAAAUACAUGUAUGAAGGAGAGUUUUCUGCAUCUUAUUUCUGCAGUAUGAAGCCGUCUGCUUAACCAGAUAGGGAAAAUGAUACACAUUGAAUGAUAUGGGAAAAGUAAAUGUAUUCAGUAUAAGUUUCUAUAGAUAUGUGUUUUUAAUCCAGCUGGUGUGUGCAUAGGCUUUGUAUUAGUCUAGUAUGUUUUGACUUCUGGUUAAAAGUUUUUUUUGCACGUAGUAGAGGAUGUAGCAAGUCAUCUUCCUGUAUUUCCUGUAAUGGAACUUAAAAUAUAAAUGAAACUGAUAAUGUAUAUAUGUACAUAUCAUUUGGUAUACAAGUAUAUACCGGAUAGUGUGAGCACACAUUCAGGUAGGAUUACUGUCCUAAUGUUGAACUGUGUGCACACAACUUUAUUGUAGAGCUUGAGAAAUAAAUGUACAGCUUCAUUCAGGAACUUGCUUAACUGUGUGAGCAGCUUCAAUUCAGAGCAUGCUUAAUAAUUGUGUGCGUAGACUUAUUAUAGGAAUUUGCUUCAUUACUGUGUGAACAGCUUCAUUUCGGAGCUUGCUUAAUCAUUGUGUACACAGAUUUAUUUAGAAACUUGCUUAAUAGUCAUGUCAACACUUUAUUUCGAAACAUGCUUAAUGAUUGUGUCCACAUAACAGCUUCGUUUAGGAAUUUGUUUAAAUGCUUAAAAUUUGGCAAAUAUUAAACUGGACUUGAAAGCCAAACUGUUUAUAGGGACAUUUUUUUUUAAAGUAAGUUAUAGACAGAGAGGAACUAAUAGAAAAGCUUUUGCAGAAAUGUAUUUAUUGAUCUUAGAUGCUGAGCUUCAUCCGCCAUGCCCCACUUGAGUAGAGAGCAAAAUGUAUAUGAGCCGUGCCAUGGGAAAACCAACAUAGUGGGUUUGCGACCAGCAUGGAUCCAGACCAGCCUGCGCAUCCGCGCAGUCUGGUCAGGAUCCAUGCUGUUCGCUAACAGUUUCUCCAAGUCCAAUAGGCUUUAAAAGCGAACAGCAUGGAGCCUGACCAGACUGCGCGGAUGCGCAGGCUGGUCUGGAUCCAUGCUGGUCGCAAACCCACUAUGUUGGUUUUCCCAUGGCACGGCUCAUAUGUGUAUGUAAAUUUGAGCUUGACUAUCCGGAAUAAAAAGUGAUUUAUGCAGCUUUUGCUAUAAGUGAUAAUGGAUAAAUGUUGCAAUUUGUUUUAUAAAUGUUGCAUUUGCUUGGGAUAAUUACGUUUCUUUUAAUAUACAUGUUUUAAGCAAGUAUUUUAUGUUAUCGAUACAUCAUGUUUAUGAUUUUUAUUGAUACAUCUUAUUGAUGAUUUUUAUUGAUACAUUGUGUUAAUGAUUUUAGGACAUGGCUCCUUUUAGGACCAAAUACAUAGUCAUAUUUUGUUUAGCUCCAUGAAAGUACUAAGUCAUAAUUUUAUUACAAUGAAACAUAUUUUUAUUUUGUUAUAUAUGAACAUAUAUGUUUUACUUUAUUGAUCACUGAAUCUCAUAUAAAACUGAGUGAAAUCUCAUGUAAAAUUAAGUGAAAUCUUAUAUAAAGUUAAAUCUAAUUUAAAACUAAGCGAACAAUAUGGCUGUUAUUGCUUUAUCAAAUAUUCAAAGCCUUGCUGUGGUUUGUCACCUGAUUUAUAACAGUUCAGAUGUGCAAGAAUUGAACCAGGAAGGCGUUAGCCAGAAUGAAUUGAUAUCUAAGCAUUUGAACAAUAUAAAGUGGUAUCUUAGACAUUAAGCGUAAGAAGGCAUUGAUUGUUUUCAUUCUGACAUGGUCAUUGAAAUAUUUUGACAAAAAUUAUGCUGAACUUCAUUUAUGCGGGUAGUAAUGAACAGAUUAUUUUGCGGCAACUUGACAUCAUAGUUGAUGUCAAAAUGGUGUCUAACCAGUCCACAAUUCAACCAUCAUUUAUCACAGGAUAUACAAUGUACAUAGCUUGAUCUACUUCUUUAAUUGGCAGUCAAAUCAAGUCAUGUUGUUAGCAUUUAUCAAUAACAGCAAUAUUGUUCACAAUGUCAUGAUACCUUAGUCAAUUCAGGACAGGGAUUCUUUAAGGACCAGCGUAGUCAUAUUUUGUCCAACUCCAUCCAAAUGCUGUUAACUAAGUCAUAAUUACCAUUUUACAUAUUUUUGUUUUCCUGCAUGUAAUGUAUAUAUAGUAGUUACUUUCCUGAUAACUGUAUCUCAUAAAAUCAAGUAAAUUCUUGUAUAAAUAUCAAGUGAAGUAAUAUAUAUAAGAUUAAAUGUACAAAUGUACAAAAGUAGAAAUUUCAUAUAUCAGAUAAAAUAUAUGCUAACAUGAUAUAUUAAAUAAUAAUGCAUGAGCAAGAUUUCCUGCGAUUAUGUAAUAUACUCAAUGUUGUUGUUUUUUUUGUAUUGAAAGAAUUUCAAGUUAAAUAUUUAUAUAUUAGCUGCAUUGGCACUUUUUGGGUCUUAUAAAAUGUUAAAUGUAAUUAUUUAUGAACCGUUCGAAGCAUUGAAUUCACCCAAGCAAAACAAUAGCAGUCUCAUUAUGAUUGUGUCUGUUCACGAGAGGUAAUGAAAUGUGUAACACCUCUCUUGCCCACUAGCUACAGAUUAAGCAGAAUUCUGUUGUAGUAAAACUGAACACUCUUGAUGAUCCCAAAGGUCCAGAAAGUAUAUCAGUACUGGGUCCAAAUAUAGGGAGACUUCUUACAGCCACUACACAUCACUUAGGCAUAAAAAAAAUUGUUUGUUUCUGGUAUCCCGACCUACCCUAAAUUUUUGUUUGGCCCGACCCUAAAUGUUUUUAUGGCCUUAGAGAAUAUUUUUUUGAACUUUUUAUGCUUUAAACAUGGCCAGUGAUGUUAGAAAUCAACUAGCUGAUGCUCCAAAGGCAUAACCCUCUUAUUUGUGUUAAUUUUUCGACACAAAAAUAAUUUCCGGAAAGUCUCCCUUAAAAAAAAAUCCCCAAAAAAAAUUUUUCGACCUACCUACCGUAAUUUUUUUAGCAUGUUACUGGAAACAAAGAAUUUUUUUUUAGGCCUUAAGGAUGUCGCAUUGCUUUUACUUUAUUAAUAAACAAUUUUGUGUAUUUUACAUGGCAUUGUUAAGGAUUGUAUAUAGUGUACAGGUAAAGAUCUGUUUUACCUGACAUAUAUUGUUUUGAUUCUCCAUAUUUACAUAUUUGAACAAGUCUGUGUUUUUGAAAAAUAUUUUAACAUACAUGUAAUUCUUAAGAGAAGCAUGUAAUUGUGAAAAUAACUUUUGACAUAUAUAUUGUUUUAUACAUUAAACAGAGAUUUGAUGAUUUGUAUAGUAACUUGUUUGCAACUUUACAACUUAGUGUACAGUGUUGGAGAUGCUUUUAAAACUCUAUUUGAAGGAUCAAAAAUAGUAAAUACACUACUUGUUUUACAAACACUUAAUGCUCGAUUUUGCUUCUUUUGUUUUUUCUAAAUUUUUAUAUACAUUUAGUUUUAAACUUUGUGAAAGUAAAAAGUAUCAUAACUCAACUAUAAAAUUUUGAUGUUUUCAAGUACAAACAAAGAUGUUAGAGAUGAAGAUAUUUGUAAUUUAUUAUUGAUCCUUAUUAAUAAGACCUUUUGUAAUAUCUAUUUUUUUUAAAGCCUUUGACUGUUGUUUUUUUUCUCAUAAUAUAGGCAUGUUUGAAAUCUGCUAGGGCUGGUAGCAUCCUGCUGUUGCCCUUGAUGCACAAUACUAUGAUGUGACAUGCAUGGGUAUGUAAAGAUGAGUGACAUUUUCUUGCCCUUGUUAAGCAGUGCUAUGAUGUGACAUGCAAGGGUGUUUAUACACAUGACAUUUUGUUGCCAUUGAUAUCUGAUGCUAUGAUGUGACAAGCAAUGUUAAGUUAAUACGGGCAAAAUUUUGUUGUGCAUCAAAGGCGACAGCAAGAUACUACUAUGGCCCUUUUAGGAUUGAGUACUGACUUAUUGUGAAAUCAUUUAAUUUCGUGGGCAUAAAAUUUCGUGGUUUUGGUCAAAACGGCAAUUUCGUCAGGUUAUGAAUUCAUGGAAUUCAACUUCUGAUCAUAAAAUGAAUGGGAAUUUUACUUCUUCGUUGGGAUUAAAUUACAUGGAUUGACUCAACCAGGAAAUCAACGAAAAUUAGUCCCCCACAAAUAUUAAUGAUUUCACAAUAUAUUUUUGCAUCAAAUGAAGAAGCUGCAGUUAUAUUACAAUAAGUCACUUAGUUAUAUAUAUAAAUUAAAGUAUGUUCUUGUAAGGGUUCAGAUAUCUUAGAUCUCAAAAUUGUAUCCAGGAAAUAAGUUUUAAUUUUCCAAGUUUCAUCGUCAAUGUGAUCGAUUAAUUAGGUAAUUUUUAAGUGUAAAAUACUUUAUGCUUAACUAAUCAUUUAUGAUUGUACCAAAAGUUUGUAUUAUAAUCUUCAAUCAGUAGAGUCCAUGCUAAAAGGCAAUAAACUGAGUUUGAAGACCAGUCUAUGAAUACAGUCUUGCUAUUAGUCAAUUUCAAAUGUGUGCUUAAAAAAAAACCAAUCAGAUGCUGGUAUUGAGAGACUGGUCUCAAAACUCAAUUUUAUAGUCUUGAGCAUAGUACUGCUAUUUGUCAAUAAUGUAAUACUGAAAUGUGUUUUUAAUUUAAAUAGCAUUUACUGUAAAUAUUAAGUUGCCAUGACUACAUAUUUGUAGGAAGUAUUAAACCCUUUGUUUACAGAUUUUAUUUUUUGGAGUUGUUGAAUUAUAUCAAAUAAAUGUUUAUGAAGGAUAAUAA